AUGUACCCACAUAACAACAAUCUACACGGCGCGACCACCUGGGACUCCGAUUUGACCCUGGUUGACUGGAUGUUUCACCAGCCGGAGACAACCCCGCCGGCCAGCUCCGCCUUCCAUCCGCUGCAGCCGGAAAACGGCUGGGGCGAGCUGCCGCUGAAGCCGGAGACCAGCGCCGAGGACACGAUCAUCUACGGCGCGCUGAGCGAAGCCGCUCAAUUCGGCUGGAGCUGGACUAGUUCCCCCUCCCCGCCAAACGCCGUCGUAAAAGAGGAAACGGAGGUCGUUUCGGUUCCCACGGCAGCCAACAACAACAACAGCGACCGCGAAACGGCGCCGUUUAAGAAGAGGGAGAAGAAAAUGCUGUACAGAGGGGUGAGGCGGCGGCCGUGGGGGAAGUACGCGGCGGAGAUUAGGGAUCCGAACAAGAACGGCGCCAGGCUGUGGCUCGGGACCUACGACGCGCCCGAGGGAGCGGCGCUGGCGUACGAUCGGGCGGCGUACCGGAUUCGCGGCGCCAAGGCGAAGCUCAAUUUCCCGCACCUGGUUGGGACCAGUGGGUGGGAGCUGGGUCGGGUGGUGGCCGGAUCUGGGUCGGGUAAGCGGCGGGUGGGAGCUGCUGAUUCGGAGGUGGAAACGACGACGCCGUCGGAGGAGGUGGGGAGUGAAGGGUACGGGAUGCCGGCGGCGGCGGCGGCGGCGGCGGGGGUGGCGAGUAGUCGGACGAUUGAGUUCGGCGGGAGGAGUGACGAUUUCUCGGUUUUGAUGGGUUCCUGGAUGGUUAACAGCCAGAGUUUUGUUGAUUAG